AUGGCACCUUCUACAAUCGCUGCGGUCACCAAGGUCACGGCCAACGGCACGCACACUGACGGCAGCACUACCGGUGUUGAGGCAGAUGCAGCGCUAGCAGCGGCCAUCUCGGCCUCGGAUGCACGUCAAUCCUACUCGCUCCGUCGACGUGCGCCAUCUGCAUCCACCUCUACUGCUACCACCCCAACGAAAGCGACGCAGAAGCGAACCAUGCGAACGUCGACUAAGCGUUCUCGCGCCCCUUCCGCCUCGACAGCCUCGGAAGCAGACUCAGAUUCCGCGGCGGCAUCCGACUUUUCCGACCCGGACACGGCCUCGGACGCCGACAGCGACGUCUUCACCGCCAGUCCCUCGCGCAAGUCGUCUCGAUCCAAAACCGCUUCUACCUCUACCACACCCAAACGACCACGCAAGACCACCGCCGACGGCACAAUCUCCACGCCCAAGCGGGCCAAAUCCUCCUCUGCCUCACCCAAGAAACCCGCCGUCUCACCCUUCGACAUCUCCCCGCGAAAAACCGUCAAGAAGCCAAUCAAAGUCAACCUCGAACCGCACGAGGCGCAUCCGGCGCCGGCGCACUGGGAGACGGUCUACUCGCUGCUCGCCCGACAGCGCACCAAGAUCGUUGCGCCGGUGGACACGAUGGGGUGCGAAGAGAACGGGCGGGAGGACCGACGUGCGGAUUCAGAUCGUGCACCGGAGACGGUCGAGGAGGCGGGCAAGAGGGAGAGACUGGCCACACUGGUCUCGUUGAUGCUAUCCAGUCAGACCAAGGAUCCGGUCACCGCAGAGGCGGUGUACAAUCUUCAGCGGACGUUGCCGAACGGCUUGUGUCUGCAAAGCCUGCUGGAGGCGGACGACGAGAUGAUUUCGGGCUGUAUCGCUAAGGUUGGGUUUUGGAGGCGGAAGACCGGGUAUCUCAAGUCUGCAGCACGGAUAUUGACGGACGACUUUGACGGUGAUGUACCGCGGACGGUCGAUGAGCUAUGCAGCUUGCCCGGCGUAGGACCCAAGAUGGCCUUCCUGGCGUUGAGCAGUAUGGGCAUCCAAAUCGGCAUUGGCGUCGACACGCACGUGCAUCGGCUCACCAAUCGGCUCGGGUGGCACACGACAAAGACCCCGGAGGAGACGCGGUUGAACCUUCAAUCCUGGCUCCCGCACGAAUUGCACGGCAAGAUUAACCGGUUGCUCGUAGGAUUCGGACAGGUCAUCUGUGUACCCGUGGGACCGAGGUGCGAUCUGUGCAGUGUAGGUGCCGCAGGGCUGUGCCCGAGUAAAAGGGAGGUCGACCAGAAGAGCGUCGAGAAGAGGGUCAAGGUGGAAUUGCUCGAUAGCGAUGGGGAGAUGGAGGUGCAGGAUAACUGGGUCAAGGUCAAGCGCGAGGGUGAGGCCAAGGUUAAGGUCGAGGUGGAGCUGGAGGGACCUGAGGGGAGUGGGCGGAUGGAGAUCGGUGAUCUGUUGCAGACCGACGACAAGGGACUGGUGAAGGUUGAACAGGAAGAUGUGGAUGCGGAACAGGUGGAUCGCGCGCUCGAGUGGUAG